UUUUUGUGGAAGGCGCCCAAAAGCUCCAUAAUAUACCAUCGACCGCUGCCAAAAAGAAAUCCCAGCUCCUCUUCGUUACAAUCGUCACAAAUACCUUCCAGUUCUAUCCAUUUGUUUGGGUUGGUGUGGACCGUGUUGUCGUCGUCGUUGUUGUUGUUGGUUGUUGUCUUGGCUGGGACGGAAUAGUUAUUUUUCCUUUGACGAACACGGUGUUCGUCUUUCUUUGUGAACGGUCAACCUGUCAACCUAGCAAGUCAACCCACCUUCGGGUUGGAACCUCUCGCGAAAGCUUGCAGCAGAGUAGCCAAGAUGCAGAAUAAUCAGCCAUGGCAACAGCAAUCCCCUGGUAGUAGCCAGUCUGAAGGUCAUAAUGCUAAUGAAUCUUCAAGAGCGACUCCUCAAGACGACAAGAAAGCUACCCCAGGAACUGCCUCCGACACUCCUCAGGGACCAUCUCAAUAUACCGGUAUCCCAGAGUCACAAGGAGCUCCUACCAAUCCGCCACCUCCACCUCCUCCGCCACCUCAUUAUCCUGAUCAUGCUCAGCAGGGUAUGCCACCAUCCACACCUCAUGCACUCCAUGAGAUGCACCAUGGAGGCUUCCGUACCAGUCCUGUGUCGGUCAUGACCCCACAACAACACCCAUCACAUCCCAUGCACUCCAAACAUGGAUAUCGUAUGCAUCCCUACGGCCCAGUUAUCAUGUCGCAUCAAGGGUAUCACGGGUAUCCUCCCGUCCUCCAGCAUGCCUAUCAUCCUCAAUCAGGGACUGCUAGUAACGGUGGGAGUCCACCUCGCCCCUUGUCUUAUUCCGAAGUCCGACGGUCUCCAGUGCAUCCUUUGGAUGUGCUUCCAUCAGCUGUAGAAACGAUGCGAUCUGCAGGAGGAUGUACCUGCAAGAAGAGUCGAUGUCUCAAGCUGUAUUGUCAGUGCUUUGCUUCUAGCACGACCUGUGGUCCAACGUGCAAGUGUCAUGUGUGUCACAAUACUGCCCUCCACGGAGAUGCCAUUGAUGCGGCCAGACGCACCAUUUUGGAACGCAAUCCAAGUGCCUUUGAUGACAAGUUCCGUGUCACCGCCAGUCAUCCAGCAGCCAUGGCAGCCGGUAAUGCCGCCAUGACUUGGCUCAAUCGGCACCAUGCUUACCAUCAUCAGCCACCACCACCUCAGCCCAUGCCCAUUCAAUCAAGGCACUACCCAGUGCCGCAUCAUCAUCAACCACCCGCAUCACAUCACAUGUACCCCCACCCGCAAACACCCCAACCAACAGCCUCCUCGCCGCCACGGCACUUGGAGCAGCAGCAGCAACCACCACCUCCUCCUCCUCCACCUUCUUCUGCUUCAACUCACCAGCAGCCUCAGGAAUCAUCACCUGCCAACUGGCCCUACGCGAGCAAUCCUCCACGGGUUUCCCCAUCGCAGGUGAUGGCUUCCAUCCGUCCGUCGCCACCAGCGGCAAUGGCUCCACCGACCAGGAUGAACAAGUAUGGUUGCAAGUGCCGUCGAUCGUUUUGUCUCAAAAAGUACUGUGAAUGCUUUCAGCACAAUGCCCACUGUGGUUUGAACUGCCGAUGCACCAAUUGCAAGAACUUUCCAGAGGCAGGACCACCCGGAGAUGGCCAUGAUCAGGUUCCACUGGUCCCAAUCCAACCCCACCAAGAAGGACCACCACGGGAAGUAACGGUGUACAUGGACCCGGCGGAACAUCACCGCCGUGUCUCGUUGGAUCUGGGAGCCGACAGCAAGCCGAGUUUGAGUGCUUUGGAGCAAGAAAAAGGCCAAGACCGAAUGGCAAUCAUGGCAGCCGUUGCCAUGACGGAGCUCCUCGGAGGGAGUAGGAGCCCGGUCGAUACUAGCAAGAGCACCAGCACCGACACGGAUGUUUCCACUCCCGAACUCAGCAAUGAGCGGGAACCCAAGGACACGGCAAGCGAUACUAGCAAAAAUGCCCGCCGGGUUUCGGGCGAGUCCUCGUCCUUGGAAGAACAACAUCAAGACAUGCCGCCCGCGAAGAAGCCCAAGCUGUCGGGGGAACCUUUCCCAGAAGAAUACUCGACGCCCGUGACGACACCGUCAACGGCGGCAGCCACGACACCCUCCACGGCAGAUCAAAGUCCUCCUCCUCAGUUGUCAAGGAUGCCUCAUAUGCAUUUCACCAAGCCUUUCCCUCCUCCAGCCAGGUUCCCCUACGGAUAUCCACAAGUUGCAUCUCCGCACAAUAACGGAUACCACCACGGACCACCGCACCAUAUGCAUCAUCCGGCAAUCAGUCCCCAUCCAACAGCUUCGACUCCACCCAGAGCACAUCAUCAUGCCUUGCCACCACACCCUCAUCACCAUCUUCACAUGUCUCAUCCUCACCAUGGAUCGAGGAGCCCGCCCAUGCAUCCUCACAUUGGCUAUCCUGCUUCACAGCAAGCACCGCCGCCUCCUCCUCCACCACCUCCACCAAGCCAACAAAUGACUCCCUCGCAACAACCGCCCGCACAAACCAUGCGAUCAUCUCCCACCUACGAAGACGUCAUUCGCAGUUCGGGUUUGCCCAAGUCCCUGAGCUUUCGCAAGAUUUGCUCCAAGUGCGGCAAGACUCGCGGCGAUCACGGCGAGUUGGGCUUUGGCAACAAGUGCGUGUACCAGGAAUGCGGCAAGUGUGGAGCAGGCGCCCACGUGCACUCCAAAAAGGGCAUUCCGAUGGGCAUUUUGUGCUGCUUGAGCGUGGACGAUGGAGCCACACCGGGAGCGGCAGCGAGUUACGAACAGAUGAUUCGGAACUUGGCGGCUCGAGCGGAGCUUCAGAAAGAGCUGCAAAAGCGAAAGCAAGAAGCGGCCCAUCGAGCAGUGGCUGCCGGUGCUCCUUGAAUUCAAAUCUGACGACACGUUUCAUUCCAUCCAACCCUUCAUGACCAACCGUUACUUAUCCACAUCCACACUUACGUAUCCACAUCCACACACACUAUCCAUCUUCCUACCUGCAUACCUAUUCUGAUUUGAUUUCAAUGUUUUCUACUGGGACUAUUUUACUUCAGGGGUAAUUCUAUACAUAUAUAUACUGUGGGGACAAACUCUGCAAUCUACACAACCAUCACCGUAUGUACUGCAUACUUUACUUCUACAUGUAGACCUAGCUAGAAGCUAGACUAGCACUGGCUAGCUAGAUAGAUAGAUAGCCCAGAUACUAGUACCUUUGAACCACCGGUACAUGUAUGUCAUAGCAAUGCGAUGGUAAGGGCGGAAGAGCCACCUGGCUGCAGAACCAUCUCCGUGUAUAAGUGACCCAGUGGGAGUCUAAAUGCCUCUAAGCGGGAUUUAUCGACGUAACGAGGGAACAGGCGAUCACUUAGAUACAGAUUGAGCUAGCGUUAGGAGUAUCUAACCGCAAACCAAUGUA